AGCGGGAGGACACCGAUGGCGGAGAAGAAUAUACUAGUCGAAAAUGAUGUAAAGAUGGACAAAGAUGGUCUCACUGAUCUCUAUAUUCAACAUGCCAUUCCCUUGCCUCAGCGUGACUUACCCAAAAGUAGAUGGGGGAAAAUGAUGGAAAAGAAAAGACAGCAAAAUGAGUCAAAAAGUGAGAAUAAAAGUGUUACAGCGGUGGAAGGUUUAAGGAAACGGCCAUUAAUUGUAUUUGAUGGCAAUUCAACAAGUACAAGCAUAAAGGUGAAGAAGACAGAGAACGGAGCUGCUGAUCGCCUAAAACCUCCUCCAGCUGGAAGCACCACCAACACUGUUAGAAGAUUAUCAGCUCCUUCAAAUGCUUCAACGUACAUUUCAGCCUCUAGUUUAUCGGAGGACGCUAAGCUGGGAACAAGGAAUAAUGAGGCCAAGCAGAACAAUAUUUCAAAGACUAACAGCAGUGUAUUGGCUAACCUGAAGGUUUACCCUUUGUCUCCAGUAGCAGGAACUACUGUUGUGAAGUUAAAGAGAGCUGUUCCAAAAGAAGAAUCUGAUUUGCCGAGUGACCUAAAGCCUACGGAAGCAAAGAAGAAAAUCCAGCAUGUUACAUGGCCAUGAAGUAGCUAACGGUGCUUGAAACAUAAAUAUUACUUCCAUUUUUUUCAAAUAGAUAAGUCAUAUUUAAACAGUUUAAGUACAACUCUUUUUAAACCUUACAGGGACUUAGAUUGCUGUGAAGUUUUUAACAAGUUUAAAAGUUCCCUGUUGUAAAGCUGGAGUCAUUAUCACCAGUCACCUUAAGAGUGUCAACUCUUGUACACCAAGUAGUUCAUUACUUCUUUGAAAGGUGGUAUGUUACAAUAUACUAAUCCCCUCACUUUUAGUUCUCAAGAUUAUUAUAGUUCAUCUCCUGCAUGUCCCUACGAUUCACAGAUAUAAAUAUAUAUUUUUUUUGUUUGAGUAAGAUUCAGUUUUGUUCCACUUCUAGUUAGUUGAAAUACAUAUUGAGAUUCAGAGUGAUCCCAAGAGUCAUCUUGGCUUCAAAAAGAUAAUUCAUUUAGAUAAGAAAACUGACCAUUCUGCUAAUAAGAUAGUCUGAGACAAACCUUUUUUCCUUUUUGUUGCACAAAACAGGAGUAUAGAAUUUACAGUGCAAGUUAGGUUGGUAAUAAGAGAUGAACUAUUUAACAGCAUUACUUCAAAUUGAAGUUUCUCUUAUUGGCAUAUGAAGCAAGAAAUGCACGGAUGGAAGUAUGUUAUUGGACUGUUUGAUAUGAAUCUUUGAGAGGAAGUAGUGAAUGGAUUAGUGCCAUGUUUUUUUAAAUACACAGGCAUAUUUUAUACAUGCAUAAGUGUAAAAAUCUGCUGAUGUAACAAAUUUGCCUGUUUUCCUGGUUACAGUAGUGCUUAUAAAAUAUGGCAAAAACCCGUGGAAUGCAGGCUAGUGCUUUUUCAACUUAUUUACAGUUGGAGAGGAAUAGGGAUAAGAAGACAAAUAACUCGAGGGCAUGAGUGUAUGUAGUUGCAUUCUUAAAAAAAGCCCCACAGUCCAACCUGUUUUCCCUUUGGUAAUUUAACAUGGAUGUUGGUUUUCUGUGAAACUUGAUGUUUGAUCUGGAUUAUUGGUAGUGCCUCAUAAGGCAGAGAUCUAGUGAAGUUGCUGGAAACAUUUUUAUGAAAUCUCAGUGGCGCAAAGUGCAGCCAAUUUAGAUCCAUUUUACAUAUGGAUGGUAAAUAAUGAUGCUCCCAGGCUUAGUAAAACGAAACAAAAUCAACGUCUGAAUCCACUUAGUUAACUCACUAAAAGAAGCUGCCAGUAGUGAUCUGAAAGCUUGUUUACAUUUUUAACAUUGGUUAAUACUGAAACCAAAAACUGUAGCUUAAUUCAUUACUGACAGAAGUUCUCCAUUCACUGUUGUGACAUAAGGCACUUCUCGAAUGCUAUAAAAUGGUAAGAGUGUGUAUGUUUUGAAAUAGUGUGCUGUUUCCCUUUUACUAAACACUUGUGCAGUUUUUGUACUUGAGUACAGCAAACUUUAAUGUAAUGUACAUUUUGUAUGUAAAGAGGUGUCUUUUAAGUAGCCUUAUCCUAUUUAAAUAAAUUCAAUUAAAAGUAAA